GCUGCUGUGCUUUUUCUUUUUAGAGUCGGGUCUGGGUGGCUGUGAUGUGUAACUGAGUCCCAUUCCCGCGCAGCCCCUGGUUGACUUUCCUUGUGGGAGGACGAGGGACCGAAGAACCGGCGGACUGGAACUCGUAGAAAUACCCGUAGAGUUUUUGAGUUACAGACCCGCGUAGGUUCGAAACUUGCUUCCACCAGCUAAGUCAAGCUAGGACAACUAUUUUUCCGCUUUUUGGAGGAACGCAAAGUCCUCUGUCCUUAAGACAGAUGAGCACUGGUUUUAUCUAGAGCUGUCAGUGUUCUGCCCCUUUAUCCAGUAGAGGUCACCCUGAGCAUCUGGAAGAGAGGAGGUUUUUGAGCUGGCAUUCCAUACGGUUUGGGCUACCUGACCAUUAUGGCGCCAGGAAACCUCUUGUAUGUGAGAAGUAACUAUCUCUUUGGUUCAAGAUGUUGGAUGAUCCGAUUUUCAACAGAAAUCAUCUUUAAAUCAGUUUCAUUUAGGCUUUUCGGUAAGAAAUGUGAUAACGCAGACAGUGAACCUUUGGAAAAUGAGGAACUGCUGAAUAACUUACUUACCAUGGGAGUAGAUGUUGACAUGGCAAGGAAGCGACAGCCUGGAGUUUUUAACAGAACAGAUACUAAUGAGCAGGACCUGCAGACAUUCCUUCUGUCUAAAGGAGCCAGCAAAGAAGUGAUUGCUAGCAUCAUAUCAAGAUACCCACGAGCCAUGACUCGGACGCCUGAAAGUCUUGCAAAUCGGUGGGAUCUGUGGAGAAGAAUUGUGACAUCAGACCUUGAAAUUGUAAAUAUUUUGGAACGUUCUCCUGAAUCUUUUUUUCGGUCCAGUGACAACCUGAACUUAGAGAAUAACAUAAAGUUCCUCUACUCAGUUGGACUGACCCAUAAAUACCUUUGUCGAUUGUUGACCAAUGCCCCGCGUACCUUCUCCAAUAGUCUUAAUCUGAAUAAACAGAUGGUUGAAUUUUUGCAAGAAGUCUGUUUGUCGUUGGGUCACAAUGGUCCCACAGAUUUUGUCAGGAAGAUAAUUUUUAAAAACCCUUUCAUCUUAAUUCAGAGCACCAAACGGAUAAAAACUAAUAUUGAAUUUUUACAGUCCACGUUCUGCUUGAAUAACGAGGAGCUGCUUAGUCUGAUAUGUGGUCCAGGAGCUAAAAUCCUAGACCUUUCCAGUGACUGUAUGAGAAGAAGCUACAGAAAUAUCAAAGAAAAACUGAUCUCUCUCGGGUGUACUGCGAAAGAGAUACGGAAGUUUGUUUUAAGCUAUCCAGAUGUGAUCUUCUUGGGAGAGAAGAAGUUUAAUGAUAAAAUAGACUGCCUCAUAGAAGAAAAAGUUAACAUCUCACAAAUAAUUGAACAUCCUCGGAUUUUGGAUUCAAGCAUAAGUACUUUAAAGAGUCGAAUCAAAGAAUUGGUAAACAUUGGCUAUGACUUGAGUACAUCAAACAUCAGCCUUCUGUCUUGGAGUCAAAAAAGAUAUAAUGCUAAGUUGAAAAAGUUAUAUAUUGAGCAGAACAUUGUUCUGGAGAAUUAAACAAAAGUCAGUCUUCUAAUAUAGUGAUAUUAUUUCAUUUUGAAUUUGGACCUUUCAAAAAGGAGAGAUUUGUGUUUUUAACCACAUAUACAUAUGUAGUGUGCCUUUGGAUAUUUUAUUUUAAAGUUUCAUAAAAACUCACUGUCAGUAUAUCCAAGUAUAUAGUCUUCCCAGCUACCUCUUCUGUAGUUCGAAUUAUUAAUAGUACAACAUCCAAUUUUAUGAUAUAGGCUGUGGAUAUUGUAUUAAUGGUCAUUGCUGAGUGCUAUGACAGAACAAUGUGUAGAAAGAAAAUGCAAAAUAAGCUUUUUUGGCUUCUGUUCCUGUUUAAAAAUUGAGAGAUUGAUUUAGAUAGUUCUAUUUCUUAUCAUGGUUUUGAAUAGCAACUAUUUCUCCUGUUAUUCUAUAUAUCUAAUUAUAGUUCAUCUUCAAAAUACAGUGUCAGUAGAACUAAGACAACACAGAGGAGGAAUUCUUCAUCCAAAUUCUACAUACUCCAUUUAAAUCAUUAGUAUGCCUCAUGGCUCCUCCAGUUUAGGCUAAAUUUCCUGUGGGUAUAUCCUGAUUUCUUUGAAGAUAGGGGCAACUGUGACAGGCAGAAUAAUAGUUAACCCAAAGAUUUCAAUGUCUUAAUUCCCAGAACCUGUGGAUAUGUUUUGUUAUAUUACAAAAGGACUUUGCAGAUAUGAUUUAAGAACCUUAAUUGGAAGUCCUGGGUUGGGGAGGUUAUCCUGGCUUAUCUGGUUGGACCCAGUGUAAUCAUAAGGGUCCUUGACAGUGAAGAGGGAGGUAAAAGGAGAGGUCAGAGUGAUGUGAUGGAAGAAGGACUUGCCCCACUGUUCCUGGCUUUGAAGGAGGAAGGGGACAGGAACCAAGGAGUGCAGGUGGCCCCCGGCAGUGGACAAGGCGAGGAAGCGCUCUCCCCUAGUGCUCAGAGAGGGAGGCGAAACUCGGGACUUUGAGUUUAGCCCAGUGAGGCCCUUGUCGAACUUCAGACCUGUAGAACCAGGAGAUAAUAAACCUGCGCUGUUUUAAGCCACUGAGUUUGUGAUAAUUUGUUCCAGCAACAAAUAGACUAAUGUAACAAUUAAAUAGAUAAUUUAGUAAUUCAGGUGAAGUAUACCAUUAGUAUCAUAUCUGUAUUUCUUCCUCUUAUACUUUUUUGGUCCACUUACCUUUCUGGAAUGGCUAGUAAGUUACUGUUUGUAAAUUCCUGUAAAUAUAUGGAUGAAAAACUAAAUGUAAGUCUAAAUAAAGGAAUAUUUUUGCUUAA